CACCCACACCCACCCGCACCCACACCCACCCGCACCCACACCCACCCACACCCCACACCCAUCCGCACCCACCAACACCCACACCCACACCCCAUAAUGUAACAUGAAAUUCUACCGUACACUGAAAACAAAGAUAUACUGAGCUGAUGAAAAACACAAAAGUCACCGAGCAACUCUAAGGGAUCUAAAAUCAAAUUCAAGAGAGAUAGAUUCUUCAUUUCGGACUUCACCUUAUGUAGUUCAAAAUAAACUCAAGAAUCUAGCACUAAUGAUAAAAGCCGAACCAAUGAGCGAGGCAAAUGAAGGUUUCCAUCGAUUUCUUCUAGUCAACAAUCAAAACUCACCAUUCUCAAGCAGAGAUAGAUACCAUUAACUAAAAGUUGAAUCAUCCAUCAUAAUUAAGUCCCUCGAUAAAAUAUGGGAAACAAAGCAACAAGAAGAAUACAAGGACAAUAAAACAACACUCAUACUGCAGACCAUGCGCUAAAAUCUCUCACUCUACAACUAACUCAGGAAAAAAUAUAAUUGAAUCCUACUAUUCCGCUCCAGACAAAUUAAUCUUCAACACCCUAAGUAGUUGGGAAGUUCUAGGUAUAUGUACUAUAGGUUGGAAACAUGCCCAUAGAGUGCCUCAAACAAGGGCGAAACACGUGUCGUGUUAAGCUUUGAAUCUAAAAUUUCUUCAAAACGAUUUUAUGAUUUUAUGUAAUAAUAGAACUCUAAAGAAACAUGUUGAGCCCCUUGAGAAAGCACGAAACAUGUGUCGUAUAGAUUUCUGAGUUCUCCAAAUCAUACUUCUAUAUCUAAGUUAUAAUAGGUUUUCAUACUUAUUACAAUUUGCCUUUACUACUUCAGUCAUUAGGACGGUUUAGACUUACGUAAUAAUAGAACUUUACAGAUACCCAUGGAGUUUCUUGAGAAAGCACGAAACAUGUGUCGUAUAGAUCUCUGAGUUCUCCAAAUCAUAGUUCCAUGUCAACACAUAUACACCCUCUCGAAAUUACUAUGACAGAACACGAUACCAUUAAAUCAGAUAUGUCCAUUUACAUCAUACAUCACACUAAACACGAAAAACUGAACACAACUGCUUAUACAAAUCCGCCUCCAUCAUACCAUCCAACACCUCCGAACAAACUGAGUGUCUCUCCAAACUAUACACAUACCUGAUGAGGUUCCUUAAGCAAGCUCGAAACGCGUCGCGUGAUGCUCUGAAUUUCAAUUCUAUGCAUUAAUAUUAUAUUGAGUUAUUACUUUCUUUAUUUGAUUACGUUUAAGCCUUAAAUACCUUAAUCUAGGUUAAGCGAUUUAGGACUUGCAUGUAACUAUGAAAUUCUAAACAUGCCUGAGGAGGACCCUUAAGCAAGGUCGAAAUCCGGAUCGUGUGAUGCUCUGAAUUUCAAUUCUGUAUUUUAAAAUUAUUGUUGGUGUAUCUACUUAUUACUUAGUAGAUUAGAAGUAUUAUGAAGUGAUUCAAAAAACUUUUAUUAGUCUUUCGGAUCUAUUCUACUGAUACUUAGCCCACUUGAUAAGAUUGAGUCAGAAAUAUCGAAAUAACUAUGGUUAUCGUGGUAACUAUUACACACCCACACCCACCUACACCAGCUGAACACUUUAUUGUAGGUGCUCUCUACUUUACGACUAAAAGCAGAACUUAAAAAUGUUAUGUAUUGAUUUAAACUUAUUAUUAAGUUUUGAUCUCUUAUACUGAUACUUAGGCCACUUGAUAAGAUUGAGACAGAAACAUUCGAAAUAACUUCAAGUUAUCGUGGUAACUACUACACACCCACACCCACACUCACACCCAACAUUUUACAAUGGUGUAAAUCAAAAGAAAAUUUUCACUAUGUUCGUGAACAUACUCGUUUACCAGAUCGAGUAUAUUAUUUAAAAUUAGAAGAAGAGUUAUGGAAAAAUUAUUUAAUUUAUGGUGAAACAUACGAUUGUUUGGCAUCACCAUUAUCAAAAACAAUCAUUAAUGAUAAUAAAUUAGAAUUCGAUUAUAACAUAUCAAAAAAGUCAAUGGAAAAAUAUAUAAAAAAAAUUAAACAAAAAAAAAAGCAAAAGCUGAAGAAGUACAAAAACAUGCUUUGUUAUUGAAAAAUUCUCAACAACCCAAUUCAGACAUUGAUGAACAACGUUUAUGGGCAGUUCUUUUAGCUUUAGUACGUAAAGGUCAAAAGAAAUUAUCUCAAUAUUAUGAACAUCGAAAAACACGUUUGAAAAAUAGUGCUCAAGAUUAUUCUUUAGUUAGAGCAUGUUAUGAUUGUCAACCAACACAAGAUGAAAUUAUGUCCAUGCAAAUUAUUUGGCAAGCCACUAUUAAUGAAUGUAAAUCACAACAAAAUGUCAAUAUUUUAAAACAACAUCUUUAUAUGAAACGAAUACCUAAAUCAUUAGAUUAUCUUGAUCAAUUAUUUUCAAAUGUCGAACAUACAUUAGCUAGACCUAUUUAUAAUGAUAACAUUCGAACAACACUUACAACACGUCAUAAAAAAAAUUAUUGCACAAAAUAA